UUCCUUUAUUUUUGUGACUGGUGAUUAACCUAGAGGUGCUCUUCCCUGGAGCCACAUCCCGACCUUGAGAUAGGGUCCGGCCAAAUUGCCCAGCCUGGCCUCCAACUUGUAUCCUCCUGCCUCAGCCUCCUGUGUUUCGGGAUUACAGGUGUGCACCACUGUGCCUGGCUUUGUACCAUCUUUUAAGAUUCAGCAGAACAAUGCUGGGUGUGCUUGAUGCCUGUCUGUAAUCCCAGGGACUCAGAAGCUGAGGCAGGAGAAUGCAAGUUGGAGGCCAGCCUAGGGGGGAAUAAAGAUUUGGUGGAAGAAUUUUGCCUGAGUAAGAUGCUGUGCUCUCUGGAGUCCAGGAGGACUGAGCAGAGGAGAAGCAGACAUUGAGUCACCAACGGAAUCACAGGGCUUGAUUUCUUUUUUGUUGUAAUUUCUCAAACAUUCAUAAAAAUAUAUAGAAUAAUGAAUCCAUGCUUCCAAUACCUAUUGAAACAAUCCAGUCUUAUUUUUCCUAUUCACUUUAUUUUUUUAUUUUUUGGGUAAUAGGUAUUGAACCCAGAGGUGCUUAACCAUGAGCCACAUCCCCAGCCCUUUUUAUUUUUUGUUUUGAGACAGGGUCUCACUAAGUUGCUUAGGGCCUUGCUAAGUUGCUGAGGCUGGCUUUGAACUUUUGAUCCUCCUGCCUCAGUCUCCCAAGUUGCUUGGAUUACAGGUGUGUGCCACCAUGCUUGGCCCUACCCGCUUUACUAAAAAAAUAUUUUUUAUCACCAGAGAAAAGCUAAUUGCAGGUAUCUUGUCUCAUUUUAUCUGUAUAUGGCUAUCCCUUUCUUCUUUCCUUUCUUUCUUUCGUAGAUGGACACAAUGCCUUUAUUUAUUUAUGUGGUGCUGAGGAUCAAACCCAGGGCCUAUCACAUGCUAGGCAAGGGCUCUACCACUGAGCCACAGCCCAGGUCCUAUAUUGUUUUCUAUAGGAAAAUAAUUUAACAUGAUUAUUGUGAUACAUCUAAUACAUUUAAUAAUUAUUUCAGCAUCUUUCAAAAGUUGCGAUGUCCUGGUCAGUUCCUCUAGCUACUUACAAACACUAAGAAAAGUUAACUUCACAUUCCUAAUGUUAUCCAGAUAAUAUUUUAUUGAUUUCUAAAAUUUUGAGUUUUUUAUUGCUCAAUAAUUCCUUCAUAGGUCAUAGGACGACUUAAGAUAAAACUUGUUUUUUUUUAAUAAAUAAAUUUGAUAAACAUUCUAUACUUGAUCCUCAUGAUGAUUUACAAAGCAGGUUAUGGUAAGCAGAAUUCUGGAAAGUUUGGCAAUAAAGACUUAACUGGCUUCACCAGGAAUUUCCUAAAUGUAUUUGACCUGAAAAUAUGUUUUUUGUGUAAAAUCUAUUAGCCAUAAUACAUUCUGGGGAAUUUUGUUAUAGGCAGGCAAAUGCUGCCUUUGAAUAUCAAACUAGAAAUGUUUAACAUUGUUUAAAUUUCAAUUAGAUAAUUAUUGGUUCAUUUUGCAUUAUCAUUGUAAUCAAAUAACAUUUGGGUUUUCCACACAACCCUCUUAAUAUUAAUAAUAUAGUGUAACAGGUCAUCCUCCUUAGGGGCUUUUACUCUGGAAAUCUUUCAUCACACUGCAUAAUCCAAUGAAGUAUUCACGUAUUUUUCUACUUUAAAAAGGUAUUUAUCCACUCCUUCCAUAAGGAAAGAUAAAUGCACUAGUAUUUUUUUGAGGGGAGGCUGGAGAUGAGAUGUACAGAUGUCAAGGAGGUGCGCCUGAAGCCUGCAGGGAGCAGCUGGACAGUCUCUACUUGUGAAGAAUUGCUUAGAAAUGACUCUUACAGGGUAUCAGCGAAGGCAGCAGCACAGACGUUGGCACAAAUGGUACACCGACAUUUCCAUGCACUCUGAAAAUAUGUUCACUUACAAAAUGUGAAGGGGCUAACAGGCCAGAUGGAACUGAUCUGUAGUAAAAGAACAAGUCCCAAUCUGUCCCCCUCUGCUCACUGGUGGUACCAAGUGGGCAGGGAGCUGUGAGCAAUGUGCGGGGCUCUGAAGCUCCUGCUCUAGCACAGUGGCCCCCACCCACCCUGAUCCAGUGGCGCUGCCCUUCAGGGGGCUGGUGGGUGGCAGGCACCAUGGUCCUGUUUGUGUUGUGCUAUGGCUCUUCUCUCUCUGGUGCCACAAGAGUAAUUUCCCCUUUAUUUACAGUCAAGCUCCAGCUUCAAGCCGAAGACCGAGGGGUUGUGUCCAUCAAGGGAUUGUGUGCAAACCGAUACCUGGCCAUGAAGGAGGACGGGAGGCUCCUGGCUUCUAAAUGUGUUACGGACGAGUGUUUCUUUUUUGAACGACUGGAAUCAAAUAACUACAAUACUUACCGGUCAAGGAAAUACUCCAGUUGGUAUGUGGCCCUGAAACGAACAGGGCAGUAUAAACUUGGAUCCAAAACAGGACCUGGGCAGAAAGCUAUACUUUUUCUUCCAAUGUCUGCUAAGAGCUGAUUUUAAUGGCAUAAUCUAAUCUCAUUUCACAAGAAAGAAGGAAGCAUAUUUUAGAAUCUGUUAAGAGAAAAAGAAAAUUAUAUACAGCACAGUUUAGAUAACACGUCAGACAGCUUUUUAUCUAAUAUUUAACCAUUGCCUCAGUAAAGAAACACAACAAACAAUUAUAGAAAAUGUGUAAACUUUCUCUUUUUAUAUAGCAUCUGCUGUUACUCAAUGAAGAUUACCUAGAUUAUGUUUUUCUUACAUUUAUAUUAUUUGAAAAGAUUUUAAAGUGUCUUUACAUGUGAAUUUUCAACAAGGAAAUCAUAGGCAUUAGAAAAUUACCAUCAAAUAUUUAAUAAUCCCAAGUGUUCAUGACAUUUUAUAAUCUGGCAUAUAUUAAUCAACAUUGACAGUUUCCUUAAAAUUUCCAACACACGUCGGUGUGGGUUCAGUGCGCUCCUGUCACAGUGCACACUCCUCUGGCAGUUCCCUGUGAUAGAGCUUAUACAGCAGGCCUGUGGACGCUGCCGGAAGCUCCUCCAUGGUGAGGUCUACCUUGUCAAACCCUUCUCUGUGCCCGUAGAGCAGCAGCCUGGCCACUCUGCUGGUGAUGGGAGUUGUGUUUCCAGCCCUGACCAGGUCCACCAGGUCCACCCACUCGCACCUGAGACACUCCUGCGGGCAGCAGUUGAUGGUGAAGGAAUGUGGCUGGAGGCGGCAGAUGAUGUACAUAUCUGACUUCCCGAAGGCUGUGGGAAGGCUGUGCUGCUGUCGAAUACUCAGGAGGGACCUGAAUUCUGACUUUAUACCAGUCUCUUCAAAAACUUCUCGAACUGCUGUAUCUCCUACAUAAUACAGAUGUGCAGAUUGUAAGGAUCACAAUUUUAGACACAUCAGCUUUGAAGAUUUGUAGUUAAAAAUCUCAAAGUCCAGAAGCAAAACUUUUGGUUGGCUGCUUUCGAUACUAACUCUAACUUCUGGAUGUCCUGAAAUACCAAAAUUAUUUCACUACUUUACACCGGAGAUGCUUUUGAUAUACUAUUUCUUUGGCUGGUUGCUAACUGGAGGCUUAUUCACUUUUUUUUUUUUAGGGUUACAUCUUUUAAACCUCUUCCUGCUCUGUUUCCCAAAAGGUAAAAGCAUAGGUUGCAAAAGUUAAAACAUGUUGCAAAGGUGCAGAUAAUACUUGGACAUAUUUCUUCUUUAUUAUCCUGUUCCUGAUCGUCCAUGAAAGCUGCCUAAACUUACAUAUUGCAGAACUGAGCAGAAGUGGUCUGUUCUUCCCUAAAAGUCCACAGAGCUGAAAAAUGGGUCAAGUGAACUAUGAAAUGAUUCUGAUUUCUCCUGGUGAUCCCAGGUGGGACUGUCAAGCCUCUGGUCACCGAGCAAAUGCCCUGUGACCAUUUUGUUAUGCUUCUCUAGUAAUGUGGCAGUGAGAUCCCACUGCAGGAAGUUUUGGCAUUGCCUUUGUUUCCUGAGAUAAGACUUCAAAGAGCUUGGUCUCAGUCUUUUAAUACCAAAAGGCAAUAGAUGUUCAUCAGUUUUCAAAAGGCUAGGGAUACAUAAAAUGUAUCAUAUAGCCAGAUGUGGUGGUGCACGCCUGUGAUCCCAGCAACUGGGGAGGCUAAGGCAGGAGGAUCCCAAGUUUGAGGCCAGCCUCAGCAACUUAGCAAGUCCCUUUCUCAAAAUAAAAAAGAACUGUGGGGCUGGGGUUGUGGCUCAGCGGUAGAGCACUCAUCUAGCACGGGUGAGGCCCUGGGUUCGAUCCUCAGCACCACAUAAAAAUAAAUAAAGAUAUUAUAUCCAACUACAACUAAAAAAAAUAAAUAUUUAAACAAAAAUAAAAUAAAAAGAACUGGGGAAUGUGGCUCAGUGGUAAAACACCCCUGUGUUUGAUCCCCAGUACUAAAUAUAUAAAUAAACUACAUUAAAAAUUUAUAAUAAGGGUCUUCAUUUUCUAGAAGGUUAAUUUUUCAAUUAAAUGCAAAAUUUCUGUGGCAGGAUUUUUAUUACUAUUACCAUAUUUUUGAGGUGUGUUCCCUGAAUAUCCUGAAAGACCACCUAAAUGGGUUUUACCCAGCUUUGUGAUGUUCUGUCAUUGUCUCUGGAAGCAUCUAUGAGAAGCCCUUAAAGAUCUGCCUUCCUUGACGGCUUCUCUGGGAGGCUCACUUGCCACAGACAGGCUGUUGUUCAGACACCUUGAAGUGCCUUCACUAUGUUGUCAGUGACUUUGCCUUCUUAGUGACUCUUCUGGUAAAAAAGAGGAAGGAAGAGGAAGCUGAGAAGAGCAGGCCCCCCUGCUGCUCCGGUCCUCUGCUCCUCUUCAGUGCCCUGGAUGUGCUCCCCAUGCGCAGGAAGAGUGCGGCCUUCUCAAGUUAACCUAUGACUUCCCCUAUUCAGAUCUGCCCAUAGUCUCAGAAUGACUAGUUUUACAUUUUAAAACUGAAACCACUGGGGCGGGGCUUGUGGCUCACUGGUGGAGUGCUUGGCUGGCAUGUGCAAGGCCCUGGGUUCAGUUCCCAGCACUGCAGGGAGAAGAAUGUGGAGGUGGUGGGGUUACAACUGAAGGCACAGAAGAAUAAUCUAGGUUAAAAAAAUUCCUUAGUAUGAAACUUUAAUCUGUAUACAGUAUAUAUUUGUUAUUAAAGUGAUUAUUAAAGUUGGUGGCACUGGUCUUAAAAUUUUAGAUAAUGCCCCUAACUCUUGUUCAUAUCUGUACUUUUAUUCUUUAAAUGCUCUGAAAAAUAUCCUGGGGACGCUGUCUAGCUCCUAGUAGCACUAAUAAGAAGCUGGGUACUGAGCUCAUGAGUUCAGGCCGUCUGCAGGCCCAGGAAGCACAGGGCAGGGUGCUGAGCAGGCUGUCCUGCUUGAAGUCAGUCAGCACUGCCUGGAGAGUUCUGACCAGUCUCACAGUAGUACCAUCACUGACCACUCCUGAAAAUGGAAGGGCAAACAAGUGCUUCCACCUCUGGACUUUUGGAGAUCCCUUCCACCUCAAGAUGAAAAUCUCUUCCUCAAGGAUUUUCAACAUGAAUUUAAUUUUUUUUUUUUUCAUCAAGAUCAAGUGACUUGUUCUGUUGUGCCUUUAAAGUUAUUUUAAUAUACUGUAACCUCAACUGAAGUAAGAUACACUAUUUGACAAGUGUGAAGAACAUAGGAAAAACUAGUACGCUUUUGUUUUUAUUUUUGCUGAUUAAGAGAUGUGCGUAGCUGGGCGUGGUGAUGCACACCUGUAAUCCCAGCAACUUGGGAGGCUGAGACAGGAGGAUCACAAGUUCAAAGCCAGCCUCAGCAAUUUAGUGAGACCCUGUUCAAACUUAAAAAUAAAAAAGGUCUGGGGAUGUGGCUCAGUGGUUAAGUGCCCCUGAGUUCAAUCCUUGGUACCAAAAAGAAAAAAAAAAAAAAAAAAGAAAGAAAGAAAAAAAGAAAUGUGUUUGAAUAUGUCAUCGUAAUGUUUUGUUGUUUAAUUAGAGGAAAGUGAUGAAAUGCAGUUUAUACUUGUUAUUUCUAAAUUGUAAUAUUUAAUAAUAGGGCGAGGUUGAAAUGAAAUAAAGUAAUAGGAAGAAUUCUGUGGAAUGUGGGCUUUCAUGGCUCUGGUGCACUGAUAAUCUUUGUGACUACAGAUCGACAGAGGAAAUGGCAUUUCCAGGAUGGCAGUGUGUCUAUUUUAACUUCACAGAUGCCUUUAUACCACAGUCUGUAGGACUGUAUUCUACUUUGUAUAUGUAUGGCCCUCUUACUUUCUGAAACACUACAGAGAACUCUGUUUGUCUCAUGUAGUAUCAUCAAAGAAUGAAAGAUUCCAAACAAACACAUUUCCCAGUUAAUCAGUAUAUUUACUGGGACUCAACAAAGAGUCCAGUCUGGAGCCAAUAGAAGUGUUUGUGUGUGUGUGUGAUGGAAGUCUUCCUACAGUAUGUUACUUUCCUGAAUGUAGGGUUUAAGGAAAAUAAUCUACAUAAUGUCUGGAUGAUUUGGCUUCAUUAUCAAGAAUAUUCUCUUGUACUGUUAGAAAAAAGAAAUACCCUCACACAGACAUCUUUCAGACCUCUACUGUCAGGGGUCAUUUCUAGCUGCUCUUGGGUUUUAUCACAUAGCUUAAUUUAUACUACACCCAGGUAGGAAGAUGAAUGACAGUUGCUGCUUUUUUUCUUGUUCCACAUGACUGAGGUAUGUGUAUAAUCUCUGGAUGGUGGAGUGUGAUAACCACAAAUACUUUUGAAAAGUGCAUUUUUAAUUUUUAAUUUGACUUAAAGGUUCUGGAUUAUACUUAAACCUAAACUUAAUGUACUUAGCUUAGAAAUGUGUAUUUCUUCAUUUAUAUUUAUAUGUAAGUCUGACAUUCAAAGGAUCCAUGAAAGUUCAAAGGAAAAAAAGUGGAUUCAUUUGUGAAGGCAAGCCUCAGAAGGGGAAGCCACAGAAGCUCCCCAGACGUCCCCCAAUGGUCAGGAUAAGAAUGCAGGGCGUGGCUUCCCUAGUCCCCACAAUGCCCAGGCCUCACGCGGAUGGUAAUUAGAAUAGGGUAGCCUUACAGAGUAAAUGACCUUCUCUUUUAGUGCUCACUCCUCAACAAAAUACUCCUAUGCCACCAGCACACCUAGCAGAACCUAAGCAAAAGGUCAGUAAGUUCUUCAACCCAAGAUCUGCUGUAGACACACCUAAGUGUGAUCAGUUUACUGGAAGAUGUUAGGAGUUGGCUAUGCAAGGCACAGAGGGCAUUCUGAUCUGUAAUAACAUUUAAAAAUCAAGUUUCAAGAACACACACAUUUUAAUUUUUAUAGUAACGGGGAUUUAACCUGGGGUGCUCUACCACUGAGCCAUAUCCCCAGACCUUUUUAUUUUUUAUUUUGAAACAGUUGCUUAGGGCCUUGCUAAAAUGCUAAAACUGACCUCAAACUUGAGAACUUCCUGUCUCAGCUUCCAGAGUCGCUGGGAUUAUAGGUGUACAUCACUAUGCCUUGACUUUAAAUAAAAGUAAGUUCAGUAAAUUGCCAUAAUGUAUUCCUGACUAAAGAGAAUAGGGGACGUGCCUGUUAAGGAAGAGGUCUUGGAGAAAUAAUGUUAGUAUCAAAUGAAAUUUUUAGUGAUUACGAUGACACUGAAUUUGAUCCAAUGGCUUAAGAAUAGACAAGAAAAUUAUUUUUACUCUUUUGUUUCCUAUAAAUUAGUGGCAUAGAGAAUUCUCAGAUUAGUUCCUAUUUCUCUGUGUUAAAUGUUGAGCUCAGUAAGUUAUUUUAGGGAGCUAUUUCUCAUUUGAGACUGUCUCAUGAUAUUUUACUGUUCUGGCUUCCUACGUACUCAAAAUAAAUAGUAGAUAAAAUUCUUAUAAAGAGAAGAAUUACAUCAUUUUAGCUCUAUAACUGACUUUAUUAUAUUGAUUCAAUGUUAAAUUUAAGUUAUUAUUCACCUUUCUGUGAUAUAAUGGUCCAAAAUUUGUGUUUUCUUGUAGUUUAACUCCAACAUCAAUUUUGGUCAUAUUCAGAAUAACCCUUAAUGCUAAGCUUUACUCAUGGAUACCUAAAGCUUUCAUACAAAUUAAUCUAGAGACAGUCCUAAACAGAACAGGUGUUAAGUUCCUAAUGGUAUUCCUCAAACUAACGGAAUAAACUGAAAUGCUAGAAAUGUUGCUGCUAAUUUUACUGAAUUAGUAAUCUCUCUGACUUGGUCUGAAGAAAUUAGAAAAUUUACAUUCUUAUUCUUUGAUACAGAGCAAGAUAAAGUAAGCACGUGAUUUCCUCAGUAUUUUCAAGCUACUUAUAAUAUGUAAGAUACAUACCAACAUCUUCUCCAGGCUCUGACAGGCCUCCUGGAAACUUCCACAUAUUUUUCACCUGCAACAUCAAGCAGAAAAAAACGUUUACGUAGCAUUUGUUCAGUAACACACAGACGCACACACCUGCAGGUGCCAAAACACCCAGCGCUGGUCCAGGCAAUGAGAACUCACUUUUUCCAGUUUCCCUCCUUUGCUGAGGAGGAGCUAGUGACUUAUGAAAUCUUUCUCCACCUUUUUCUUCAGGAAAUAGAAGUAAUUUUAUUUGGUUAAUGUGAUAAAAUUUGUAUUAAUGAAACUUUGGAGGGAAAUAUCUACUGCAUUUGUGUAACUUAAAUUUCACUGCUAGUUAACUAUGAACAAAUAGGAGAAUCUUACAGAUGCUGCUAUAAUUAAGUAGAAAGCACAGAAUAAAUGUAAUCACUAAAGGAUGCUAUUAAUUUUCAUAUCUAUUUACUGUAUUGUAUUUCUAAUCAGACAUACUACUCUUAAGAUUCUGUUGUCUACAUCAACAAUUUUAUGUAAAAAUGUAAUUGCUUUUCAUGGGUAGUAUGAAUAAAAUUGAUCAGAUUGUG